AAGCAGUAGUAGUCGUCGUCGUUGUCGAGUGGAAGCAACUGCGUAGGAGUGAUGAAACUCUCGGUGAUAUUAGCUUGCGCCUUAUCCUGUGGCUGUAUCGCUCUCGAGCUUUGCAAUAACGAGGCGAGCUUGCAGCUCAAGCGCCGGAGGAAGAGAGCGCUGACUUUUCCCAAAGGAAGCGCCUUCGUAAUGACCAUGUCGAUGGUCAAGUCGAUCCAGCUUCGAGUACCGGCCAAUUGGAAUCUCGACAUAGAAUUCGACGUGAUCUGGCCGCUACCAGUAGGUCUCUCCGCGCUGCCACGGAAACCGACUACGACUACGACUACGAGGAGACCUGCGCCGGUGAGAUGGAGGCCCGUGGACGUGUACUGGGAGCCGCACAGACGUCAUCGGCGGGAACUCUAUGCUAAUUUCGAAUUAGCACUCGACAGCCAAGGCAUACCGGGCAAGCGCUGCAUCAUGCACGCGAUCUGCGAAGCCAAGCUCGUGCUCAAUCCGCCGGGGCUGUCGCUCGUCGAGGACGUCCUCCGCGUCAUAUUCAGCUACCCCGCGAGCCUCAACGCCACUUCUGACCACUACGACAGGGCCUACCAUCACCGCAGCGACUGCGACUCGACUUAUCCCUGUCCCUUCUCCCUCCUCCAUCUCCUCCUCAAUUACAACAACGGCGGCGACGAAUAAACCCGAGUACAUAGAGCAGCUUUCGAACAAGACACACAGCAGUCGCUACCCAACGAUAAGCGAGCAACGAGACACGCGCGUAACAACGCUUGUCUCUCGAAUAUAUAUAUAUAUAUACGCGCCGAGGAUUAGGGAAUAGGGCGUGUUCAGAGCAGCCGGUGCAGCCGAGCUUUACGACAAUAAUCUCUGUUCUCUGCUGGCCCCGCUACGCGAUCAUCGGCUCUCGACGUACCGGCCGAUUUUCUUCCGGGUUUAUUAAUAAAUCGCUUUCGUCUAAUUGAAAAGCUUUUACUCGAGUCGUCUCCGUCUGUCUGUUUAACGAGUAACGAUCUGCACUUAACGGUCGGGCAAAUUGGAUUCGAAUGAAUUUUAAAUUCUCGGCGAAGAGAGAGAGGCGAGUAAACAGCGCAAGCGGAUCGGGAAAAAGUACGAGUUGAACGAACGCGGAGGGAGAUUCGAGUCUACCUGUUAAUCGCCUGGUAAACGCGCGAGCUCGAGGUGAGAGAGAGAGAGAGAGAGAGAGAGAGUCGGCCGACGAUCGCGGUUUAUUCUUCCGCUCGAGCUUCGCCGCUGCAGUUAUAGGUGAGCCCGUAAUUACUCCUUAACGGCCCUUCUUAUACGGAUAUUUGUCUGCCUCCCUCGUCUCGUAUCGAUGUCACCUAUCGAUCAUUUUCCCUCCUGUUUCUCUCGGAGAACUAACAAUUUCCUGUUUCCUAAAGAGCUUACCCAAGUGACUUACGAGACAUUUCCUCGGCCGCUCGCAGAGAGCUAGCGAGAGAGAAGAAUCGAUCUUCCGUUUCUCGCUGGCUUCUAUGUGUUCGUGUGUGUGUGUGUACAAGGGAAGGUCUAUCUAUACUUUUCUCUCUUUCAUUUUCCUUCCAUACUCUCAUUCAGUCGCGCCGCGCAGCUACAAUGGCCUAUAAAUUUCUAUCUCGUCGCCCCGAUACGCUCUGUCUACGUAAACGGGGCACGUGGUCAUUACUAUUAUUUUAUUUAUUUAUAUAUUUAUUUAUUUAUUUUUUUUUUUUUUCGUAAAGCUUCUCGCGCGAAAAGUGCCUGCGAGUAGCGCGGAAUGCGAGACAAUAUCGCGAUGCGCGAGCGCGAAAGCCUGUGUAGCGUGUAGAGGGAGGAACAAGGUUAAAAUUGAUGUGUAAUCACGCGGCAAUGCGAAGAGGAGAGAUUGUCUCUCCGCUCGACGUCGCAGCUGCGACGCUUAUUACCUUUUCGGAUCGAGGUGAGAGGAAGGCUGCUCAGCUUCUUGGAUGUGAUACUGGGAGGAGGGAAGCUUCCGAUGUAAAGGAUAAUAAAAAUCAUUGUUUUACGAUAUAAACUCAUCUCGUUAUUCCAACACCUCGAUUUGAUUUUUAUCGCGCGCUAUUUUUCCCUCCUACGCUUUCCAUGAAUUUUUUG